AUGGGGAGGGGAAGACCACCAUAUCCGCGCAGCGAGGACGAAAGGGUAGCCAUUCGACGGGAGAAAGUCAGGUUGAAUGUCCAAGCACACAGGGAGCGCCAGAAGUUGAAGAAGCGGCUCGAAGCCCUCAACGCCCCAUACCAACCAAGGCUCCGCUGGGUCCAGGAGACGAAAUGGCAGUCGAAGAGGGCGACAGACACUCGCGACCAGAACCAGGUCGUGAAAUAUGCUCCGACACGCUGUGGAAGGUCUCCGGGAUCGCACUGCAGUCUCCUCAACCAUCCAGGUCCUGAGAAGCAAUACACGCUCGCGCUGUUGGCCCUGUUUCGAUCACGCUUGUUGCCAGACCGCGUGACGCUCCGACGCCCAGGACCUUCGGAACAGCGGUUGACGACACCUUGUGCCCCCUGGGUUGUGAGAGGGUACGAACUCGCUGCGGUCAAGGAAAAUCCUCUCAUGAUCGGCAUGCUUCGUGCGCUGGGGCUCGCCUUACUCGGGGCUGAUCACCAGCGCGAGGACAUCCAGAUGGUGGCACAGCGCACAUACCAGACGACUCUGCCAGCAGUCAGUCGACAACUGGGGCUUCUGAUGAAUGGUUGCAACCGCAGCUCCAGCGACUAUCCCACAUUAAUGUUGUCAUGCCAUGCGGCGGCCAUGUUCGAACUGAAUGUCGGCGGGUCGCUCCUCGACCUGAAUCGCCACGUCCGUGGCCUCGGCUGCUUGUUGGUCCAUCGCUUCCUUGAGUCAAAAUCGAUGCCGGACGACGUGUACGAUCUGUUGGAGGAAUACCGGCUUUUCGAGCUCGUGUUUUGCUUCAUCAGCCGCCAAAAAUCCGUGCUGACCGGAACACCCCUGGCAACAGAAGCUAUAAGUACCGACGGGCGAGAUCUCGGGAAUCAGCACAUGAGCCAGAUCAGCAGAUUGGUCCGCUGCGCCGGCUCUGUUCCUCCGAUCAUGGUCUACGUCGAUAGAUUGAAAAGCGGCACCUUGACCGGCGAGCGGGAACUUGCACGCAUGAGCAAGUUCUUAAAGACGCUCUCUUGCACCACGACUGGAUUGCAGAUCUGGUGUGAAGACUUCCUUGCUAAUGAUGCUCGGUCGGUCGCCGAGUCAUCGAACUACACUUCUGGGCACGGCGAUCUCGCGUUCCCGAACCUUGAAGUCCUGACGGCUUGGACCUACUACCUUUCGUUCAAAAUGCACACUCUCGAGACUUGUAUCUCUCUGCUCGAACAUGCCACGUUGACCCAAUCAUCCCUCAGAGAAGUCGAGUACGUUGAGGACAGCACGAAAUGCAUCCAGUCUAGCGAGACGGACGAAGAGGUCAUCCUGUUGCGCUCGGACCUGCUCGAGACGACGAAACUUCUUCUUCGGUCUUUGCCGUAUUUCUCAGAAACCAGCCUGGGCUAUAUCGGGCGCUCAUUGGUCGCAUUUCCCCUGGAAACGGCGAAACGUACUCUGCUGCAUGAAUUCGAGAGACGAUCGAGCUUGACGUUGGCGGGAAGUGAAGCUGCUUGCGUAGACUCUUCGGAUCACACGGUGCAAGACAUUAUAGAGGGCAUCGCCGCCUUGAAGCUAAUGGCUACCAGCGCAAAGGCAUCAGGAUGUGCACUGUUCUCAGACUAG